AUGAAUAAAGAUGAGCCAAUUACUGAAGGUUGGUACAUUGAUGUUACCAGAAAAGAAGAAACUGGUAAUGGAAGGCUAUGGGAGAAAGGAGUAGCUGAAAUGGAGAGAUUGCUCCAAUUAGAUUUUUCUACACUUGAUGCAACUUUCUUACAUAACGAUGGGCUUUGGCAAGAUUCGGGUGAAACAUCUUUUCUACCCUGACACAAUUCUGCCGACAAUAUAGAGCAAAAUGCAUUGAUAUUAUCUUCAGAAGAGGAACUUGUGCUCAGUGAUCCUUAUGAAGAGGAAAAGUUUGGAGACAAAAUUUCUAAUGAAAAUUACUCCCUAGUGCCUGUCAGAACACCUCCAUAUUUACCUGAAGAUUCUACUAAAUCUCAGAUUGAUGAAAAAGAAAAUAACAUUUUCUCAGAAUUUGUUAAGAGCACUUUUCAUUUUUUGAAAGAAAGGCAAUCAGAAAUCGAUAGAGGAAGUUUUGCUGAUAGGAGUAAGGGUAGGAAGAGGAAGAAUCCCUAUAGAACAACUACCCAAAUCAGGAAUCUAAUCAAAGAGUUGUUGGCCUCGAAAAUUAAGAAUGUCUUGAAGAAGAAAGAAUCAAGAAGCGAUAGCAUUCCUACGAUGUUCUAUCGAUGUAUCUAUGACAUUCCUCAUGACUUGGUCAAGAAGUGUUCUUCUAUGAGCAAAUACAAGAGUUCAAAGAUGGACUCUUAUAUCUUUAGCUUUUUAGAAAGCUAUAUUUCUUUUAUGUCACUAAUUCAUCUUGAUGAAUUUAACCUCUUGGAAUCAUUUACAGGCUACUGUAUGCUCUGAUUCCCAAUCCCAAAGUGAAAAUCUAUUAUUAAAGCUUUGAGAGAAGAGGACUAUGAAGAGAAAUAUUGCAAGAAGCUAGAGAAAAUGCUUGCUUUUAGAAAAGAUACGUCCAAGAAGAAACUGAAGAAGAGGUUUCAAUCUACCCAAACAAGUGGCGAGGAGAUUUCCUCAGCACCAUCUUGUUUAUCCUCUAUUUUCGAUCUUUCAAUGGAGAUUCUUUCGCAAGAAGAGUUUGCUUCAAAUCCAAUCGCUGCACAACUCUUCAGAUUUGCUCAGGAUUUUUCUGGAAAUCCUUAAAAUUUUGACAAAUCAAUAGACUUUUUGAAAGAGUCGACCACCCAUUUAAUUAUCAAUUUCGUGGUUAAUUGUGUUCA